AUGCCGGUGGUCAGCCAUCCAGAUGCUUUGCUGUGCCGCCUUCUGCUCCUGGCCCCCCACGACGCUGGGCAGGGGCGUCCUCCUCGGCACAGGUUUGAGUAUAAGCUCAGCUUCAAGGGCCCAAGGCUGGCAUUGCCUGGGGCUGGAAUACCCUUCUGGAGCCACCACAGAGACGCCAUCCCGGGCCUGGGGGAAGUGCGGCCGGCGCCAUCCGUGAGGCCCCGCAGUCCCUUCUCCGCCUGGGAGGUGGAGACACAGAUGAGGGUGAGAGCCGCGGCGCGGGGAGCCCAGGGCACGGUCGUGUGGUACACCCGGGACAGGGGCCACGUCGGCUCUGUCCUGGGGGCCUUGGCCUCGUGGGACGGCAUCGCGGUCUUCGACUCCUCUGCCAGGGAUACCCAGCUCAGGCUGAUUGUCACCCCCAUGCAGAGCAGCCCUGGCAUCCACGUGCAGGCCAUCUCAGCUGUGGCCCUGGGGCCCCAGGCCCAGACUUUGCUCCCUGUCCCUGGGAACCAGGAACCACCCCAACAGCCUUGGGGGACGGACACCGGCUGGGGCCUGCGGGACGGAGGCUGCCGGGUGCUGGGCUCCUGUCGUCGGCACUUCUGGAACCGGCCAUGCCCCUUCGGAGUGAGGAUCACCUACUGGUGGCAGAGGCUGCGUGUCUCCUUGAACAGCGGCCUCACUCCCAGCGAUCCAGACAAGGUCUGUGUGGAUGUGGGGCCCCUGCGUUUGGUCCCUGGAGGUUUCUUUGGGGUCUCAGCAGCCACCAGCGUGCUGGCAGAGGACCAUGACGUCCUGUCCUUCCUGACCUUCAGUUUGAGUGAGCUGAGCCCAGAGGUGAUGCCGCCUCGCCCUCUGCCCUCCCUGGAGCAGCUCUGCCUGCAGGGGCAGCUGGAAGGGCUGCAGGCAAGGCUGGCCCUGGGCACCAGGGAGGACAUAAGUCCACAGCCACCCUCUGUGGCUCCAGGAGAGGGGCAAAGGCUCUCCGACCUGGAGGAGACGCUGGGCAGACGCAGCCGGCUCCUGCGGGCUCUGCGGGGUCUCGCCAAGCAGUUGGCCCAGGCUGACAGGCAGUGGAAGAAACAAAUGGGGGCCCCAGGCCAGGCCUGAGGGAAGCCCAGUGAGGGGCCCUUCUGGGCCCUGCACCCCUCCUGCCAGGUUCCAUCGGCCCCAUAGAAAGGUGGCCACUGCUCCAGGUCACUCAGCGAGGACUCCGCCAAAGUCAGUGCCCUGCUCCAUGGACAGCGGACUCUGCUCCAGACCCUGCAAGAGAUGAGGGAUGCAGCAGCCCGCAUGGCCUCAGAAGCCCGGGUCUCCCUGCCUGUGGGUGCCGAGCAUCAUUUCUUAGAGCUGGACCAGAUCCUGAGCCUCCUGCGCAAGGACCUUCGGAGCCCAGCGAAGGCAGCAGCCAAGGCUCUCCACACAUCUGGCUGGCCCCCAGGGGCCUUCUCAUGCCUGCGGCCAGGCAUCUUCCUCUUCUUCCUCCUCAUUCAGACUGUAGGCUUCUGCUACGUGCACUUUAGACAGGAGCUGGGCAAGACCCUUUGGGAGCGUCUGUCCACAGGCAGCCUGCCUCCGGGGCCUGCAGCACACAUCCCUAGGGCCCUGUGGGCUCUGAGGAGGCAGCUGCUCCCGACCCAGCACGCAUGCCUGACCCACCUGGAAGCUGCUGCUCAUCCCGGGGAGGCAGGCAGUGUCUGA